AUGGGGGAGGAGGCACAGAAUCAUUCUGUGGCACCUGGUUUGGCACGGAGCUGGAGUGUGAUGGUGGCUGGAGAUAUUGAAGCACAGAUUCGAGAAAUCCAAGGGAAGAAGGCAGCUCUUGUUGAAGAGCAAGGAGUUGGCCUUGAUUCUAUAGGCUAUUAUGACCAAGAAAUUUAUGGUGGUAAUGACAGCAGAUUCGAUGGCUAUGUAACAUCAAUUGCUGCAACUGAAUUAGAAGAUGAUGAUGAUUACUCCUCAUCUACUAGCCUGCUUGGCCAGAAGAAGUCAGGAUACCAACCCACAGUGGCAUUGCUUAAUGACAAAGCACAGUCAACAGAAUGGUAUGACCCGUUUUCUGAACACUGUCCUUCAAAGAUUGCAGAUCGUGAAGAUGAAUAUAAAAAGCACAGGCGAACUAUGAUAAUUUCUCCAGAGCGUCUUGAUCCUUUUGCAGAUGGAGGCAAGACACCUGAUCCUAAAAUGAAUGCUAGGACGUAUAUGGAUGUUAUGCGAGAACAGCAUUUGACUAAAGAGGAGAGGGAAAUUAGGCAACAACUAGCAGAAAAAGCAAAAGCUGGAGGACUUAAAGUUGUUGAUGGUGCAUCAUCCCAGCCUCCUUCAAAACGCAAAAGGCGUUGGGAUCAGACAGCUGAUCAGACUCCUGGUCCAACUCCAAAAAAGCUCUCAAAGUGGGAUCAAGCAGAGACUCCUGGGCAUACACCUUCCUCGAGGUGGGAUGAAACACCUGGUCAUGCAAAGGGCAGUGAGACACCUGGAGCAACACCUGGCUCAAAAAUAUGGGAUCCUACUCCUAGUCAUGCCCCAGCAGGAGCAGCUACUCCUGGACACGGUGAUACGCCUGGUCAUGCAACACCAGGCCAUGGAGGUGCAACUUCAAGUGCACGUAAAAACAGAUGGGAUGAGACCCCUCAAACUGAAAGAGAUACUCCUGGGAAUGGAAGUGGGUGGGCUGAGACUCCUCGUACAGAUCGUGGUGGAGACUUACUUGGUGAAACGCCGACUCCUGGAGCAAGCAAAAGAAAGUCACGUUGGGAUGAAACACCAGCUAGUCAGAUGGGUGGGAGCACUCCUGUUUUGACUCCUGGUAAAACACCAUUUGGCACACCUGCUAUGAACAUGGCGACACCUACUCCAGGUCAAAUAAUGAGCAUGACUGCUGAACAGCUUCAGGCAUGGAGAUGGGAGAGAGAAAUUGAUGAGAGAAAUCGUCUGCUUUCUGAUGAAGAGUUGGAUGCUAUGUUCCCAGAAGGACAUAAGGUACUCCCUCCACCUGCUGGCUAUGUUCCUAUUCAUAUGCCAGCUCGGAAGCUGACAGCAACUCCUACACCUUUAGGUGGCAUGACUGGAUUCCACAUGCAAACUGAAGAUAGGUCUAUGAAAAGUGUUAAUGACCAACCAUCUGGAAAUCUUCCAUUUUUAAAACCUGAUGAUAUUCAAUACUUUGAUAAACUGUUGGUGGAUGUAGAUGAAUCAAUACUUAGUCCAGAAGAACAAAAAGAGAGAAAAAUAAUGAAAUUACUUUUAAAAAUCAAGAAUGGCACACCUCCAAUGAGAAAGGCUGCAUUGCGUCAAAUCACUGACAAAGCUCGUGAAUUUGGAGGUGGGCUUUUGUUUAAUCAGAUUCUUCCAUUGCUGAUGUCUCCAACGCUUGAAGACCAAGAACGUCAUUUGCUCAUCAAAGUGAUCGAUAGAAUUUUGUACAAGCUCGAUGACUUGGUUCGACCCUAUGUCCAUAAGAUCCUUGUGGUUAUUGAACCAUUACUGAUUGACGAAGAUUACUAUGCCAGAGUGGAAGGCAGAGAGAUCAUUUCCAAUCUGGCUAAGGCUGCUGGCUUGGCAACCAUGAUUUCCACGAUGCGACCUGAUAUAGACAACAUGGAUGAAUAUGUCCGUAACACAACAGCUCGAGCUUUUGCCGUUGUCGCAUCUGCCUUGGGCAUUCCUUCCUUGUUGCCCUUCUUGAAAGCUGUGUGUAAGAGCAAGAAGUCCUGGCAGGCUAGGCAUACUGGUAUUAAGAUUGUACAGCAAAUUGCUAUUCUUUUGGGUUGCGCCAUACUCCCUCAUCUCAGAAGUUUAGUUGGAAUCAUCGAGCACGGCCUUGUGGAUGAACAACAGAAAGUCCGGACCAUCAGUGCUUUGGCUAUUGCCGCUCUGGCUGAAGCGGCUACUCCUUAUGGCAUUGAAUCUUUUGAUUCUGUGUUGAAGCCUUUGUGGAAAGGUAUCCGCCAGCACAGAGGAAAGGGCUUGGCUGCCUUCUUGAAAGCUAUUGGAUACCUUAUUCCUCUCAUGGAUGCAGAAUAUGCAAACUACUAUACUAGAGAAGUGAUGUUAAUCCUUAUCAGAGAAUUCCAAUCUCCUGACGAAGAAAUGAAAAAGAUUGUGUUGAAGGUGGUAAAGCAGUGUUGUGGGACAGACGGUGUAGAAGCAAAUUACAUCAAAACAGAGAUUCUUCCUCCUUUUUUCAAACAUUUUUGGCAACACAGAAUGGCGUUGGACCGAAGAAAUUACAGACAGUUAGUGGAUACCACGGUGGAGUUGGCAAACAAAGUAGGUGCAGCAGAAAUUAUUUCCAGGAUUGUGGAUGAUCUGAAAGAUGAAGCGGAACAGUACAGAAAGAUGGUUAUGGAAACUACUGAGAAAAUAAUGGGGAACUUGGGUGCAGCAGACAUUGACCACAAACUCGAAGAGCAACUUAUUGAUGGCAUCCUUUAUGCCUUUCAGGAACAGACCACAGAGGACUCAGUGAUAUUGAAUGGUUUUGGGACAGUAGUCAAUGCCCUUGGCAAAAGAGUCAAGCCAUAUUUGCCUCAGAUCUGUGGUACGGUUUUGUGGCGUUUGAACAACAAAUCAGCCAAAGUCAGACAACAGGCUGCUGACCUCAUCUCUCGUACUGCUGUUGUUAUGAAAACUUGUCAAGAGGAAAAAUUGAUGGGACAUUUGGGGGUUGUCCUCUAUGAGUACUUGGGUGAAGAGUACCCUGAAGUAUUGGGAAGCAUCCUUGGAGCACUGAAGGCCAUUGUGAAUGUAAUAGGUAUGCCCAAGAUGAUGCCACCAAUUAAAGACUUAUUGCCAAGGCUUACCCCAAUCUUAAAGAAUAGACAUGAGAAAGUACAAGAAAACUGUAUUGAUCUUGUUGGACGUAUUGCUGACAGGGGAGCAGAAUAUGUCUCUGCAAGAGAAUGGAUGAGAAUUUGCUUUGAACUUUUAGAGUUGUUAAAAGCUCAUAAAAAAGCUAUCCGGAGAGCCACAGUCAACACAUUUGGUUAUAUUGCAAAAGCCAUUGGACCUCAUGAUGUAUUGGCUACACUGCUAAAUAAUCUCAAAGUUCAAGAAAGACAAAACCGAGUAUGUACAACAGUGGCCAUAGCUAUCAUAGCAGAGACAUGUUCACCAUUCACAGUCUUGCCUGCCCUGAUGAAUGAAUAUCGAGUUCCAGAGUUGAAUGUUCAGAAUGGUGUUUUGAAAUCACUUUCUUUCUUGUUUGAAUAUAUUGGAGAAAUGGGCAAAGACUAUAUUUAUGCUGUAACACCAUUACUUGAAGAUGCUUUGAUGGACAGAGAUCUUGUACACAGACAGACUGCCAGUGCAGUGGUGCAGCACAUGUCUCUUGGGGCUUAUGGAUUUGGUUGUGAAGAUUCUCUUAAUCAUUUGUUGAAUUAUGUAUGGCCUAAUAUAUUUGAGACAUCUCCCCAUGUUAUUCAAGCAGUUAUGGGAGCCCUGGAAGGCCUAAGAGUUGCUAUUGGAGCAUGUAGAAUGUUGCAAUACUGUUUGCAGGGUUUGUUUCACCCAGCCAGAAAAGUCAGAGAUGUGUACUGGAAGAUUUACAAUUCUAUCUACAUUGGUUCACAGGAUGCACUCAUAGCACAUUAUCCAAAAAUCUACAAUGAUGAAAAAAACACCUAUAUUCGUUAUGAACUUGACUACAUCUUAUAA